UGCUGGAGUCUAACCAAGCGCUGCUUCCUCUUGCCGCUCGGUGUUUGGAACCUCGCCCUUUGCCAAGGCUGAUAACCGUGCAUGCUUCAUGACUGGGGACGCAUCUCAGUUCCUAUUUAUUAUCCGUGUCUCCUCCUGCGAGCCUGCUCCCUCGGAUGCUCUCUGUUUCUGUUUUCUUUUAACCUUUUGUGUCAGUUAAGUGUUAGGCUCCGCUCAGCUCAGCCCAUUCCUGUCCUUUUCUUCUAAUAUAUUUCCAAAUCCCGUGGGAAAGUCUUCUCAACAGAUGUUUAAAAACUUAGAUGCUGAGUUCUUUUCCUCCGGGCAGAGAGAGUCUUCACGUGCAGCUAGCUAGUAGUCUUUGGCGGCCGUCACUCAAGUGCUGUGCUGCAAGGGGGAGAGGGUUGAGGAAUCCCUACCUGGCAGCUGCCUGAGGUCUGUAGAGCAUGGAGCAGUAUACCACAAACAGCAAUAGUUCCACAGAGCAGAUCGUGGUGCAGGCUGGCCAGAUUCAGCAGCAGCAGCAGGGUGGUGUCACUGCUGUCCAGUUGCAGACUGAGGCCCAGGUGGCAUCCGCCUCAGGCCAGCAAGUCCAGACCCUCCAGGUAGUCCAGGGACAGCCAUUAAUGGUACAAGUCAGUGGAGGCCAGCUAAUUACAUCAACUGGCCAACCCAUCAUGGUCCAGGCUGUGCCAGGUGGACAAGGCCAAACUAUUAUGCAGGUACCUGUGUCUGGAACACAAGGCUUACAGCAGAUACAGUUGGUCCCCCCUGGUCAAAUCCAGAUCCAGGGUGGACAGGCUGUGCAGGUGCAAGGCCAGCAGGGUCAGACCCAGCAGAUCAUCAUUCAACAGCCACAGACUGCAGUCACCGCUGGCCAGACUCAGACACAACAGCAGAUUGCUGUCCAGGGACAACAAGUGGCCCAGACUGCUGAAGGGCAGACUAUUGUCUACCAGCCAGUUAAUGCAGAUGGCACAAUUCUCCAGCAAGUUACAGUCCCUGUUUCAGGCAUGAUCACCAUUCCAGCAGCCAGUUUGGCAGGAGCACAGAUCGUUCAGACAGGAGCCAAUACCAACACAACCAGCAGUGGACAAGGGACUGUCACUGUGACACUGCCAGUGGCAGGCAAUGUGGUCAACUCAGGAGGAAUGGUCAUGAUGGUGCCAGGAGCUGGCUCCGUGCCUGCUAUCCAGAGAAUCCCUUUACCUGGAGCAGAAAUGCUGGAAGAAGAGCCCCUGUAUGUGAAUGCCAAGCAAUAUCACCGAAUCCUUAAGAGGAGACAAGCACGGGCUAAGCUAGAGGCAGAAGGGAAAAUCCCAAAGGAAAGAAGGAAAUACCUCCAUGAGUCUCGGCAUCGACAUGCCAUGGCACGGAAGCGUGGUGAAGGGGGCCGGUUCUUCUCUCCAAAGGAAAAGGAUGGUCCUCAUAUUCAGGAUCCGAACCAAGCUGAUGAAGAAGCCAUGACACAGAUUAUCCGAGUUUCCUAACCGAAGGAGGGCGGCAGAGCUGAUCAGUCACAUUCCUCUCUGCUGUUUCCACUGUUCUUGGAAAUGGACUGACUCUUCCAAUGGGACACUGACGACUGCACUCUGCCCUUCCUCAGGACAGAAAAUGCUUAGCUCAGUAUUACAGCUGCAGUGAUGGCUGAUGAACUGAAGUUGCAAGCCUUUGUCUCACCCUUUCAUUCAGGACCUGUUUGAGACUGUUGGUGACACUGACCUUUGUGAAUUUGGAUGAUACAAGGAGGUAUUUACCUGCCCAGCAUUACGUAUACAAGCACUUAAGUUGAGUGUAUAAGGCCAACCAGUCAGCCAUUGCAGUAGGGGAGAGUAGCCGUCUCAUCCUGGUCUACGGUCAAGGCAGCCACAGCUCAUGCCUUCCUGUGAAGUCUCACCAGCAUCCGUCCCCUGGGGGAUGUCGGGCUGGCUGAUACAUGGACACUUUGCACCCAGGUGCCUCCCAAGCAAAGAAGCUUCGUGUCACGGCACAGAGCAACAGGCUGGGCUGCAGUCUUCUGAUCCGUGUCAUGAGAACCUGUCUGCCCACGUGCUAGGUUGGUGUGUUUUACUUCAGCCAAGAAAGUUCAAAGAGGAUAUUUUGGACUCAGGAUAAAA